AACACACCGGCAUGCGUGGCCGCGGCCCAGUUCAGCAUCGUGAUGUCGACGGGUCAACUCUCGCCUUUCGUCAUAACGCCACAUGGCACCCAGAAGUUGCUGGUGAUGAUUUUGGACUAUGGUUCUUGUGGCUAUGCGCCGUCCUUGACAGAGGACGACGUUCGCAACGUGUUCUUGGGGCCCAACAAGGAUGGCCGAGGCGGUGUCGCGCAGAAGUACUCCGACUGCUCAUACGGCAAGUUUGGCCUGAACACAACCGCCUUCAUGGCGGUUCGCGUCAGCGUACCCUGCUCUACCGCCGUCACCAGCUCCUGCAGCUGGUGGGCCAUUUCCCAGGGUGCCGAUGCCGCGACCAAGAGUCUGAUCGGCCUUGCGGCUUUCUCCAGCUUCCCGUACUUCACAUACGUGCUGCCUCCGGGGUUGCAGAGCGUGUGCGCCUGGGCGGGCCUGGCUUUGUUACCCGGGCGCCAGACAUGGCUGCAGAGCAGCGGCUACGGAGUCCAGCGCUGGGCGACGGUGAUGCAGGAAGGCAUUCACAACUACGGUGGCCUGUGGCACUCCUGGCGCAACGGCUGGGAAUACGAGGACUACUCGACCGCCAUGGGCCGUGGAGAUGCCUGCCCCAACGUCGCGGAGACAUCCCGACUGGGCUGGGCCACACCCGCCGUCGGCGGUGGCGCCAUUAACUCCGGCGUCCUGAAGACCGCCGGCAGUGUC